UAAUUUACUGAUAAUAAAUUCGUCGAAAGUUCAUCAGUCAUUAGGAAAGUUGUUCACUGACAGUGAUAACGUCAAGAAUUUUUAACAAGCAUUUUAUACAAGUUGAUAUGAACGGAAUAUAAAGGGAAUUAUAAUUUUAAAUUUCGCAUAGUUGAAUUGUGAUAUAGCGAAUCAGGAAUUAAUAUUAUUAAACAAAAUGGAAUGUGUUAAGGCAGCUAUAAACAUAGACGAACCUAGAUAUGACCAAGAAACUUACACAGGAAGAGCUAAACAUUUCUUUUUAACCACCAACCCUUUAAAUAUUUUUUGUACAAACAAAACAUUAGAUGAGGCUAAAUGUUUAGUCUCAAAUUAUAGAUGCGGGCUUCCCAUUGGGUCAAACGUAACAGAAAAAGAUCUAUGGAGGGCCAAAGUGAUCUACGAUUCCGCAUUUCACCCCGACACAGGAGAAAAAAUGACGCUCAUAGGUCGCAUGUCAGCACAAGUACCUAUGAACAUGUUUAUAUGCGGGGGUAUGAUGACCUUCUAUCAAAGCACCUCGGGGGUUAUUUUUUGGCAGUGGCUCAAUCAGUCCUUUAACGCACUCGUGAAUUAUACGAACCGCAGUGGGGAUGCACAGCAAAGCAACAAGCAACUUUUGGCUUCGUACGUUUUUGCGACUGGAGGUGCUGUUGGUACAGCUCUUGGGCUAAACAGCUUAGUAAAAUGUAUGCCACCCUUGAUAGGCCGUUUUGUACCACUAGCUGCAGUGGCAGCUUCGAAUUGUAUCAACAUUCCAAUGAUGAGGGCACAGGAACUUAAAAUGGGAACACCCAUUUUUGAUGAGAACAAUAACAAGUUAGGCUACUCUAAAGUAGCUGCCCAAAGUGGCAUCAGUCAAGUCAUCUUUAGCAGAAUUUUCAUGGCAAUGCCUGGAAUGGUUAUCACUCCAAUCGUUAUGGAUUAUUUGGAAAAACGUGGAACCCUAUGCAGAUAUCCAUGGAUAAAUUUACCAGCCACUGUAGGUGUUUUAGGUCUUUGCCUCACGUUCGCAACGCCUUUGGCUUGCGCUUUUUUCAAGCAAAAGGCCUCGAUACCUUUCAAACAUUUGGAACCUGAGUUAAAGGAGGAAAUCCAGAAACAAUACAACAAUCCUCCAGAGUUAGUCUACUUCAACAAAGGCCUUUAAUUUUAUUUAAAUUAAAUAAGAAUAAAUUAAUUAUUUAACUGCCAAAUUAU